AGCAUGUUCAUCAUAUCCGGCGACUGUGAUUGGGCGUAGACUACUCCAGAAAGUCUGAGGAAUCAAUGCUGGCGAAAGGCCAAGUCGUCAUUCUUAGUGGGUACAUGCUAAUUCAAGAAGAGAAAAUAGUCGCAACAUCACGAAUAUAAUAAGCCUCAUGUCAUCACCAUUGUAACGAAAGAUAUCGAUGACAUCGUGAAAACUAUUGUUUUCGAUUCGAACAAGUAAGGGAGUUUUCCCGCAGAGAAAAGCGUCAUUCUCGAUUUGAUUGCGCGUGCAGUUACUUAAAUUAUCGACAAUCUUUCACGUUUUCGUCGAAGAGUGUUUUUGUUGGGUGGGUUUAGAAAAAAUUAUUUCCGUCUCAUAUCGCAAGAAAACGAGCAUCGGAUGAUAUUGUCCUACGCCAAGGUCAGAACACUGCAUGCUGUCGCUGUAAACAAAAGAGACGUUAUUGUUCAUCCGCAUCACCUGUGCUAUAGUGACCUAAAUCAGCCAUGAACUUCGUAGAAGACUACUUGGUUUUUGUGUUGUGCCUUUUGCUCCCAAUCGCCGUGGGAUUCGUCUUUGCCUGCCGAGGACAAAGGCAGAAAACGACAACAGAAUUUCUCUUCGCCGACAAGAACUUAAGAAGCUGGAUUUUGGCGCUGUCACUUGUGGCUAGCUACUUUUCGUCGGUUCUUUUGCUUGCUUCAGUAGCUCAAGUUUUUUCAUUUGGACUGCAGUACAUAAUUUUAGCUUUAUUCGCGUACUGGUUUGUUGCGGCUGUGGCACAUGUUAUCUUCAUUCCCAUGUUUCACCGUUUGAAGGUUACUUCUGUGAACGAGUAUCUAGAGGCUAGGUUUUCCGGUGGCGUUCGGUACGUGGGAGCAAUCCUUUUCACAGCUACCUAUAGCCUGUACUUAUGUCUGGUCGUAUACAUACCUUCAGUGGCCAUCAAUACUGUUGCUGGAGUUCCGUUAGCGGUCGGUAUCGUGUCCACGGGUGUCGCUUGUACACUGUACUCUGCAAUGGGAGGUUUGAAGGCGGUGGCGUGGACAAAUGCAGUUCAUCUGAUUUUAAUGGUGACUGGACUCGUCACGUUGUGCAUUGUGGGUACAAACACUGCAGGGGGUUUUGGUCACGUGAUUGAAGUCAACAAGGACCGAAAGCGAAUGCUGUUAUUUGAUUUCAACCCAGACCCCACAGUUCGUGAUACUUUCUGGACUCUAUCCAUUGGAGGAGCUAUUACUGUUAUUCCUGUGUGGACGGUCAGUCAGACAGCUGUUCAGCGGUAUAUCUCCACCAAGUAUGUCGGCCUGGCUCGGAGAGCGGUGUGGAUAAGUGUGCCAGUGCUUAUGAUCAUAACAGGCUUAGCGUGUAUCACUGGUCUCGUCAUGUACGCCGUGUUUGCCAGCUGCGAUCCUUUGAUGACAGGAGCAGUUCAACGCAACGACCAGGUGCUGUUUUAUUACAUAAAGUAUCGCCUUCAACACCUGAAAGGACUUCCCGGAUUCCUCACCGCGUGUGUGUUCGCUGGAUCUUUGAGCUUCGUGUCAUCAGGACUGAACUCUUUAAGCUUGGUCAUUUUGGAGGAUUUUCUAAAGAAAUGGUCAAGAAAGAUUGACGACUUCGACUCGGUGAAAAGUUGCAAACUGAUCACUGUGAUUCUGGGUGGGACAGUGAUAGGAGGAGCCUUUGUUCUUCACCAUGCAGGAGACGUAGUCCUUCAGGUGUUCUCUGGUUUGCUGUACAUCACCGGUGGUCCGUUACUUGGCAUCUUCACUCUCGGUCUUCUGGUAUCACGAGCAAAUGCGAAGGGCGCAUACCUUGGAGUAGCCAGCGGUCUGGCCAUGACGAUCUGGUUAUUUACUGGAGCUCAGCUCUACCCGCCAAACGAAAACUUCGGCCCAGUCUCAGUCUCGGAUUGCUCUCCUGAAAUAUUGAACAAGUCUCAAGCGGCCACGUAGAUUACUCAUUUGACGCGCCGUGAUCGUGGCUAUAUAACUGCUACAUUCCUUUUUUUCAGCAACCCAAUGGCCAGAUUCUACAGCACAUCGUACUUGUGGUACUGUGCCAUCGGCUGGUCUGUCACUAUGUUAAUAGGAACCGUAACAAGCUAUUUGCUAGAAACCGCAGAAGAAAGAAAAGUAGGCGUGGAUCCCAAGCUCGUAUUUCCGGUGAAGUUAUGGCUCCUGAGUUGGUUACCAAGCCAACGAAAGAGAUGGAACUCCAAAACAGGCCUGCCUAUGUCAGAUGACAAAGAGGACUGGGUUCAGCUGGGGGAGAGAAAGCAUCCAGGUUCCACAGAGCAGAUUCCACCUGUAGGAAGGCAGUCAUAUCGAACAAGUGUUGCAUGAUCGAUUACAAACACGAUAAAAAACAACAACAAAAAAAAGCGGCGACGCUGAAGGCCUCAACGAUAACCUUGACUGAGGUUGCUAAGAUGUGGAGCUAAAUACCUAGUGAAAGUUCACGGUGGAUCGUUUUAAACUUGACAGCUAAUAAUACAUCAUUCACUGCAUAACACCGUUAGUGGUGUGCAAGAUUCACAAUGAAACUAUGCGCGUCCGCAGAUGUCAACAGACUUUGACAAGUGUUUGGUAUCGCUUGCAAGAACCAUAGCAACAACCAUAGCAACAACAAAAAUGGACACAUCAUUUCCGUCAAUAGGGGAAUGUCAGUUUACAAAUACAACUUUGCAUCCGUGGACUUUAACAAUGAAAAUACUAAAUUUACGUUUAAACUAGAUUCUGUGAAUUUAAUAUCACCAGUGUAUUUUUCAGACAGUUAUUUAUUUAAAAAAAGGGAUCAGCUCCAUAUGCUUUUUCUUGCCCGGUAUGGCCCAGAGAUACUUAGAAGAGCCAAAAAGAAUCUGGAGGAGGGGGGGAGGGGAACCAUUCUACUUUUGAUGUUUGAUUACUGAACGCCUAAAAAAGAAGAUUGUCAUAAUCACUACUGGAGCCAACAAGAACUUGUCCCACUUACUCACAGAUGAGGGCAGGAUUGAGUGCUCAAUAUUGGGUGUUGUAAGACCAAAAGCAAACAGAUCACAACGGCCAAUCAGAAGAAAGGAAAACACCUUUAAGAGCCAAUGAGAACUCAAAGUAAAACAAAACCAAACUGCCUGGCAAUCAAGUUGAGAUUGGUUUUAGUUUUACAUCUGAUUGGUUGCAAAAAUGGUGCAAGUUUCUCUGGACCAAUCAUAGAGCAAAGUAAUGCAAAACAAAACAAAACAAUCCCACAUUACUUUUGACACUCAGUUGAAGAUUGCUCCAACACUUUUGGAGUCUGACAAUUUCAAUGCAAUUAUCACCAAAUUUGAAUUACUUUUUUAAUAAUUAUUAUUCAAAAUAAUAUAAACAAUUUAAGGAGUUGUUUUUUGAAUGCAGCCUAUGGUUUCUGUAAAAAUUACAAUAAAAAUUAUAACAAAACUUCAAGAA